CUAUAAUGAUUCAAUUGCAGAAAGAAAAGAAGAAAUAUCAAUACAAGGAGUAAAAUUAGUUAGAUUUCAAGAGAGAAAUUUACAUUCUAUGAAUGAUUAUAUAACAGCAUUACAGAUGGUUUUAAAUAUUGAUAAAGAUAUAGGAUACUUAUCUAACCCCACUAACCAUUAA